CAUGUAGUGUAUCUUUUUUUUAUUUGAACGACUCUUUAUCGCUGAAGAAAGAUAAAGCCCAUAUGUUUCUUAAUCAUAGCGCAAGUGAUGAUUAUUACAGAUUAUAAAUGUCAAAAUGCAGCGUCGGGAUUGUAGUUGACAUAAGGCAGUCAUGGGCGAAGCUUAAUGGCUGAGAACUGUUAAGGCGUAAUGCCGCCUAGAGGUUGAGAGCUAGGCGGGAUCUAGUUUUUGUCAAAUUAACGUCAACAUUUUUUUGCAUUUUCGCUAACCUAACCUCUUUAUCUAACCUAACCCUUGCCAUGCCAGGAACCGAGUCGGUAAUGGAUGUCUUUCUAAUUUGCAUUAUCUCUGACAAAAGAAUAUGCCUCAACGAUAAACGGAUUACCCAAUCUAGCAGCAUGAACCUCAAAGACAGACUGGUAGGUCAAGCUCUAUUCAACUCAUUUAUGGUCUAAUAUGUAUUGAGCCGUCAUGUGUUGCUAGUUCAAGUGGACCUUGUUGUCCUAACUGUUCACUCACACCAUUACCACACUUUAAUGUAGAAAGUUAGGCUUUGUAAUUUGCAUAAUUCAAAUCAAGGAUACUGUAAAGUGGCCUCAUUAAUCAUGCUGAUUAAGCCAUUUGAAAGUAAAGUAGGAAGAACCUUGUUUAACCCUAAAGCCUAUUUUAACAUUUUGGUUCAUAUGAGUUUAUUCAAUGAAAUCUCCCAGCAUCACAUCAGAGAAUGUCCAUUCCUUACCGGGCAUGUAGGAUAUAUAGCAUAUGCAUCUAUAGUAUACUAUCAAUAGGCAUAGGCUUAUGACAUAAGUGUGAAAUGACAUGCUGCUCCCUCUCCAGUUAAUGGUCACCAUGGCAUCGUGUGAAGGGACCGCAUCCCCUACUGGUGGAUCUGUCCUGCAUCCUGGAGUCUCUGAAAACGGUCUUUCUAGAAGACUGCUGACAUCUGUCAGUUUGGACAGGAAGGAUGCGCUCAUAGAAAUGCUGGUGUGCACUUUGGACGGAGACCUCUACCCUCCCCUGGAGGAGCCCACUGGUACUGUAGACCCCAAGAAGGAGAAGGUCAAAGACGAGGUCAAGAGCUUUGUGUGGAACCAUGGCAUGAUGGAGUACCAGGUGCAGGUAGACGGUGUGAAGGCCAAGCUGAAGGAGACGGGCGCCAGCAAGAAACAACAAGAGGACCUCAUCAUGAAGGUGGAGAACCAGGUGCUGAAACUGGCCUCGCUUCAGGAGCAGCUGGACUCACUGAUCGAGAAGUGACCCAAGUGACCACCAGGGGGCAGCCAAGCGUCAAAUGGGUGCUGUGAGACCGGCUGGGGAAUAGAGAAGAAGCAUCUGCCACCACUGAAAGAGCACUCCUCCUUUACAUACUGUUUCAUUCCAUUAUAUAUUUUCCCUUUUGCCUCCAGACAUCAUGGACUUGUUGGAGGACUCGUGUUUCCUGUUUUUGUAUUCUUCCUAUUUUAUUUAAUAGGUUGGUAGAUCUCUGUAAAUAAACUCUUUGUUAAGCCAUUGAA